GUCGGGUACCACCAUGUCGGGGGAGGCAGCGUCGAUGCUGCCAAGGCUGAAGGCGGCGAUAAACGGAGGAGACAUGGAUGGAGCGAAGAAGCUGAUGGUACAGCUCAAGAUUCUCAUGACUUCGUUCAAGUCCACCCCGGGUGUGGUUGCAGCGAAUGAGGCGAAUGUACAGGAGUUGAUGAUCGUUCGUGAAUUCUAUGAGCUUGGGUGUCUAGUGUCAGCCCAGUCCGAGGAUAUUGAAGGGUUUGAAAGGCAUUUUGCAGUCGUGAAGAGCUGCUACACAGAUUACGCUGGAGUGCUACCGCAAUCAGAAAAACAAUAUGAGUUGCAAGGACUGAAUUUGUUAUGUUUACUAGCUCAAAGUAAGAUUGCUGAAUUCCACACUGAGCUGGAGUUGAUUCCUGUGGACGUUUGGGAGAACCCGUUCAUCAAGUUUCCGAUCAAUUUAGAGCAGUAUCUGAUGGAAGGAAGCUAUCAAAAAGUUCUGGAGUCUCCGGGUGGCGUACCUUCCAAGUCAUAUUCAUAUUUCGUGCGAUUGCUUUCAGGGACAGUCCGCGACUCGAUAGCGGAGAGCAGUGAAGCUGCUUAUGAUUGGAUGCCCAUUGCCCAGGCCCUCAAGAUGCUCAGCAUGGGCUCUGCCAAGGAUCUUUCUGAUUACGUAGUAUCGAAACAGAGGGAAUGGGAGGUGGAUGUGAAUGCCAAUGUGGUCAGAUUCCGGGAGGAUCAGAAGGUCGAUCUUGAGGUUCCUAGCCAAAGACUGAUUGUAGAGACGCUCUCGUACGCUAAAGAGCUUGAACGCAUAGUUUAAAUCUUGAGAAACGAU